GCCUGAAGAAAUGAUGAGAACAUCAACGGCGUCUAAUACUAUGACGAGAAAUCGAAGCACCAACAGGUGACCAAUACUGAAGCGACCCUUACAUGUCGUAUCUCAGUAUAAGUAUAUCGCCUGCAGCAUCCAGGAAGCAGGCAUGGAGGAUCCUAUUUUAUGGUAUCGAGGCCGCCUUUUGCCAUGAUGAUGCCAGAGCGUCGCGAGGAGAUAUCGCAGAAUGGCGCGAUUCAGAAAGUGUUUUACACCAUUUCGGAAGCCCAGCACCGGAUCUUGGGUCCAUAUUUGUCGGGAUCUGCCAGAUGAAAUGAACAACUCGUUCUUUCUUCUUUACCACCACCAUGUUACCCAAGAUUCUCGACACCGCCCUUGAUGCUGUUGGCAACACUCCACUCAUUCGUCUUGACAGAGUCGCCAAGCACUAUGGGCUCAAGUGUAACCUCUUGGGCAAAGUCGAAUACAUGUCGGCGGGUGGCUCAGUAAAGGACAGGAUUGCGAAAGCGAUGGUCGAAGCCGCCGAGAAGGAAGGAAAGCUCAUUCCUGGCAAGAGCGUUGUCAUCGAGCCGACCUCUGGAAACACCGCCUGCACAGGCAUCGGCCUGGCUAUGGCUUGCGCAAUCAAGGGUUAUUCGGUUAUUAUAACCUUGCCUAACAAGAUGUCCCUUGAGAAGGAAGCGGCCCUUCGUGCACUUGGGGCCGAGGUCGUUCGAACACCCACCGAAGCUGCCUGGGAUUCACCAGAGAGCCAUAUAGGUGUGGCGCAGAGGUUGCAAAGGGAGAUCCCUCACGGUAUUAUAUUAGACCAGUACCGCAACGUCAACAAUCCGCUUGCUCAUGAACUGAGUACGGGACCUGAGAUUAUCGAUGCAGUCGUGUCUACACCGGCGACAUCGUCCAAACCUUCAUCUGGCAAAGUGGAUGUACUUGUCGCUGGUGCUGGAACAGGUGGAACGGUGACAGGCAUAUCUCGCGCUAUCAAGAAGACACACAAUAAGGACUGCGUCAUAGUCGGUGUCGAUCCGAAAGGAAGCAUCCUCGCCGUCCCCGAUAGUCUCAAUGAGGCAGACAAGGGUGCUCAAUACGUCGUUGAAGGUAUUGGAUACGACUUCAUACCUGAUGUUCUCUGCCAAAGCGACGUCGACGAGUGGAUCAAGACCUCCGACGAGGAGUCGUUCCAAGCCGUCCAGGUUUUGAUGAAGAAUGAAGGCUUGCUGGUUGGUGGCAGUAGUGGUAGCUCCCUUUCUGGCGCCAUCCGAUGGCUUACGGAGGGCGAGAAUGGUAAGCGUGUGGCGGCAACUGAGGGGAGGAAUGUAGUAGUUUUAUUACCGGAUGGAAUCCGAAACUAUAUGAGCAAGCCGUGGUUCCUCAAGUUAGCAAUGGAGAAAGAGCCUUCACCGAUGGCCAAUAUCAUCGCCCAGGUGUUACAGUCUAAGUCUGCAUAAAAAGACGUAUGGAAUGAAGAAGCCGCAACUAUGUAUGUGCAAUAGACGUUUAAAAUGACAGUAUGAAUUAUGAUCCAAAGCGCCUGUCAAAUUACCGAGUACAAGUUAGUCCUGGGGAAGAGCACAAUCGGCAUCAAAAUGUCAACAAUUUCCGUCUUCGAAGAUUCGAAAAAGGGAUAGUCUAUGACAUGUCGUAUUUAAGGAUUAGCACCGCGCCCGGCGCCAACCUUCUUUAGCAGCAUUUGCUGGUAAUUCUCCCAAUGGUUUAUCAU